GAGACCGCCUCGCUCAAACGGUCAAUCAUCCAUCAUUCCUACUACGGAAAAAGGAAAAAGACUUAUUUAUUUCAUCUCACUCAUCCACGAUCUGCCCCAGAAACUCGUUCGUUGUACAUCCUCAAGGGUUUGAACUCAUUGCCGAUUACAGAGCAUAUCAAUUUCCUCGUCAUGGGUAAUGAUGGUGGAAGUAUCCCUACUCGUCGCGAACUUGUAAAAGAAGCCGCGCGCAAUCCAAAUACUUCAGAAUUAAAAGCUACCCUUCACGAAUCACAAACACACGCCUGGACAUAUUGUCCCCUCUCCAAUAAACCUCUCACUGCACCCAUCGUAUCCGAUUGCGCCGGGACACUCUACAACAAAGAUGCCAUUCUCGAACAGCUACUUCCUAAAGACGAUGAUGUCCCCGCUUCAGUCAUAAAAGAGAAGGAAGAGGUUCUGCAAGGACGAGUUAAAGGACUUCGCGACAUUGUCGAAGUUAAAUUCUCGACAGUCAAGGAAGAUAAGCAAGAAAAAAAGAUAUGUCCUAUCACCACUAAGGAGUUGGGAGCUAGUACCAGAGCUGUCUAUUUAGUGCCAUGCGGACAUGCGUUCUCAGAAGUUGCGAUCAAAGAGUUAAAAGGUGACACAUGUGUGGAGUGCAAUGAAGGCUAUACUGCGGACAAUGUUAUAUCUAUAAUUCCCGUAUCGAAAGAAGAUAUCUCGAGAUUAGCAUUGCGAGCGACCAAGCUGAAGGAUGGAGGAUUAACUCAUUCACUGAAGAAAGCUCCAGGGGGGAAGAAAAAAAGAAAGCACGCAACGGAAUCAGAGUCUGCGGAACCCUUGGAAAGCGGGAAAGGAAACUCUCCUGACAGUAGCCAACCUCGAUCAAAAGAAAAUGGAGUUACCGACAGAACCCAGGCUCGAAUACAAGAGAAUGGAAAUGGGGCAGCGACACCAAAGUCAAAUAAUGGACCUUCUACAGUACCUUCAGGUAUCAAAAAUGCAUCAGCGGCAAACCUAACAGCCAAGGUUUUAGAAGAGCAAGAGGAACGGAACAAAAGACGAAAGUUGGGGAUGAAUGACAAUCUUAAGAGUUUGUUUUCGAACACCGGAUACAAUGCACAAAAACAAAAGGGUGGGGACUUCAUGACAAGAGGGUUCUCGAUGAACAGAAAAUCAUAGGGAAAUAGAGUACAGGAAAGAUGGGAAAGCGUGGCGUUAGGUGUUAUUGGUUAGGGGGCUUGGUUUCUAUGGGACAUCGUUCCCGAUUUGUACAUCAAAUACCAAUCGACAAUUGCAUGAUAUCGUUUCUUCCAGAGCAGUAUCAUAGCCACGCAAACUUUUGAAGGUGUGAAUGAAUCAGUCGACACAAGCUUCUUCCUCUUCCCCGUAUCUAUCAGAAUCACGAGAGCCUGUCUGUUGGUACAGAAUCAUUCUCCAUAUACUAAUAUACUUGCCAUAUUUUGUAUCCUCACAUGCCACAAAGCUUCAAUUUCACUCUCAAUUCUACAUGCUUCCAUACA